AUGUUCACCCACAACCGCAUAGAUUUUUGGUCUGGUGAUAUUGUUAACUUUAUGAAUGGUUCUACUCCAGCCCGUUUCCUAGUAGAAUCGUUCCAUACCAUGGAUAACUCAGCCGUUUUUGUUCAAGGCUACAUAGUUUAUAUUCUGGAAGGCGGUCAGUUAAUUGGCGUCGAAGUUGAAUCUACUAGCAUAAAGCUUGAAAAUCUUCUCGGUGUUGGCUCGACCCCUGUUGAUGUUGCCCUAUGCUACAGCAUCUCACCUGGGAAAGUCUUUCAUUUGAUUCCCAGGCACAAGUCCUUGCUGGAAGAGCCUCAUUUCUUAAAACGGCACGAACUGGAUGAAACUGGAAAGCUGAUCGAUCCAAAGUUGUUUUACAAGAUGAGGAUAUUGCCCAUUAUACUCUUCACCAAUGACACCUCCAGAAACUGA